AUGUCCACAACCCAACCCUCCCCACGAACGUGGACACUCCGUUUCAAAAACAACCGAACCACCAUCAUCCUCCACGUCGAUCCACUACAGAAGCUCAGCAGCGUGAAAAGCGACCUUUUGAAAGCGGUCCAGCAAACUCAUCCGCACGGCCGGCUCAGCGGCGCAGCAAUCCCCCAAAAUUCCGCCGAAAUACAACUUGCCAAACCCAGGGAUGCCGAAGAUUUGGCCGAGGGGUUCCAGAGCAUAGAACCGCGGCGGGAAAUGUUUGCCGAUGGGAGCGAUAGCGGGAAGGGAAAGGGCAAGGCUUCAGCGGGUAAGCAAAAGCAGGCGGAUACGAGCAGAGAGUGUCCGGAGAGUGUUGGGCUGCGGGAUGGUGGGAUUGUGGCUUUCAGAUUUCGGGGCGAGGGCGGGCAGCCAGGCGGAAGAGGGCAGAUUGUGGACGACGAGAUUGACGACAUCAGGGUUAGCGACGAAGAUGAUGAUCGAGACUGGGAUGUCAUUGUGCCGGAUAUCGACGAAGGUGAAGAAGAAGGGCUGCCGUCGAUAGAGAGGAUGGACGAGGACCAGGGCUGA